AUGGCAGUGAUGCUCCGCGGCUGUGCCCACCCAGCCAUGAGCCGCAGGGUGGUGCGCCAGAGUAAGUUCCGGCACGUCUUCGGGCAGCCGGUGAAGGCCGACCAGAUGUACGAGGACAUCCGGGUGUCCAAGGUGACGUGGGACAGCUCCUUCUGCGCCGUCAACCCCAAGUUCGUGGCCAUCAUCGUGGAGUCCGGCGGCGGAGGGGCCUUCAUGGUGCUGCCCUUGGCCAAGACGGGGCGCGUGGAUAAGAACCAUCCCCUGGUGACCGGGCACACGGCGCCCGUGCUGGACAUCGACUGGUGCCCUCACAACGACAACGUCAUUGCCAGCGCCUCCGAGGACACCACGGUCAUGGUCUGGCAGAUCCCCGACUACGUGCCCACGCGGAACAUCACAGAGCCCAUCGUCACCCUGGAGGGGCACUCCAAGAGAGUGGGCAUCAUCACAUGGCACCCCACGGCUCGGAACGUGCUCCUCAGUGCAGGCGGAGACAACCUGCUGAUCCUGUGGAACGUGGGCACGGGCGAAAUGCUGCUGACCCUGGACGACAUGCACAGCGACCUCAUCUACAACGUGUGCUGGAACCGCACCGGCAGCCUGCUCAUCACCACCUGCAAGGACAAGCACGUGCGCGUCAUCGACCCCCGCAAGCAGCAGGUGGUGGCGGAGAAAGUCAAGCCGCAUGAAGGUGCCCGCCCCAUCAGAGCCAUCUUCAUGGCUGAUGGCAAGAUCUUCACCACGGGCUUCAGCAAGAUGAGUGAGCGGCAGCUGGCGCUCUGGGACCUGGAGAGGUUUGCCCCCCACGAAGGAAUGAGGCCCAUGCGGGCUGUCUUCACGCGGGAAGGACACAUCUUUACCACGGGCUUUACCCGCAUGAGCCAGCGGGAGCUGGGCUUGUGGGACCCGGAGAACUUUGAGGAGCCGAUUGCGCUGCAGGAGAUGGACACCAGCAAUGGGGUGCUGCUCCCCUUCUACGACCCCGACUCCAGCAUCGUCUACCUGUGCGGCAAGGGCGACAGCAGCAUCCGCUACUUCGAGAUCACGGCCGAGGCGCCCUACGUGCACUACCUGAGCACCUACAGCAGCAAGGAGCCGCAGCGCGGCAUGGGCUUCAUGCCAAAGCGGGGCCUGGACGUCAGCAAGUGCGAGAUUGCCAGGUUCUUCAAGCUGCAUGAGCGGAAGUGCGAGCCCAUCGUCAUGACAGUGCCGCGGAAGUCAGACCUGUUCCAGGACGACCUGUACCCUGACACGCCCGGCCCCGAGCCGGCUCUCGAGGCGGCCGAGUGGCUGGCGGGGCAGGACGCGGAGCCCGUCCUCGUCUCGCUGCGGGACGGCUACGUGCCCGUCAAGAACCGCGAGCUCAAGGUCACCAGGAAGAACAUCCUGGACAACAAACCUCCCGUGGGGCCGCGCCGCAGCCACUCCACGUGUGAUGCCAAUUUCUCACGGCCCAGCCUGGAGGAUCUGCUGGAGGAGAUCCGAUCCCUGCGACAGACCGUCCAAGCGCAGGAGAAGCGCAUCUCUGACCUGGAGAACAAACUCUGCAAAUUCACCAACGGCACGGCCUAG